CUGCGGUAUGUCCGCUCUAUUCUUCAGAACAAGGAUACUCGCAAGGUCUUCUUUUUCUUGUUGUUGAAUCUUACAUUCACCUUGAUAGAGUUUCUUUAUGGAUUUAUUACAAACUCUCUUGGAUUAACUGCUGAUGCUGUACAUAUGCUAUUCGAUUCGACCGCCAUUAUAUGUUCAUUGAUUGCAUCAGUUAUUACCAAACGAGAGGCUACAAAUCAUUAUACAUAUGGAUUUGGCCGAGUAGAGACCAUGACUGGAUUCGUCAAUGCUCUCUUGCUUGUAUUUGCAUCAUUCCAUAUAAUCUGGGAAGCUAUCGAGAGAUUUUAUCAGCCAGAGAUUAAGGAGGCCCAGUCGUUGCUUGUGGUGUCGAUUUUAGGAUUUUUGGUCAAUCUAGUUGGCAUCUUUGCAUUUGAUCACGGAGGUGUCCUGGGAAGUCAUCAUGGACAUGAUCAUGGUGGUUGCAUGUUUUUGCAUGUGCUUUCAGAUACUCUUGGAUCAGUUGGCGUCAUUGUGUCUACUCUUUUGAUCUUGAUGUUUGGCUGGACAUGGACAGACCCCCUUUGCUCCAUCUUUAUUGCUAUCCUGACAAUAUUUACCACCUGGCCGUUGUUGAAAUCAGCCGGAAACACGCUACUUCAACGUAUACCGCCUCAUAUCGACUUGCUUUUAUCAGAGGCUGAAUCUCGCAUUCUCUCCAUUCCGGGUGUUGCCUCGACAUCUCCUCCCCAUUUGUGGGAACUCAAUCAAGGCAACAUUGUUUCUUCGAUUAAAGUCAUGGCGCGUCCUGGUGCGGAUGAAGGGAAAAUACGGCUAGAAGUUGCAGCGGUGCACAAGGAACUGUUUGGAGUGAGAAACUGUACUAUUCAGGUGGAU